AUGGCCGAACCGCUCAAACUCGCCGUAUUCAGCACAAAAUCCUACGACAAAAUCUACCUCGACACCGUCCUCAAAGCCCACCACCAAUCCCUCUGCACAAUAACCUACCACUCCUUCCCACUGAGCCUAGAAACCGCCGCACUCGCCGCAAACCACACCGCAGUCUGCGCCUUCGUAAACGACACCCUAGACGCCCCCGUCCUCCACGCCCUGCACGCCUCAGGAACCCGCGCAAUCCUCCUCCGCUGCGCCGGCUUCAACAACAUCGACCUCCCCACCGCCGAAAAGCUAGGCCUGUUCGUCGCCAACGUCCCCUCAUACUCCCCCGAGGCCGUGGCCGAGUUCGCAGUCGCCCUCCUGCAGACCCUGAACCGGAAUAUCCACCGCGCGUACAAUCGCGUGCGCGAGGGCAACUUCAACCUAGAGGGGUUUCUGGGCGUGACGCUGCGCGGGAAGACAGUGGGCGUUGUGGGCGUGGGGAGGAUCGGGCUUGCGUUUGCAAGGAUCAUCAGCUUCGGGUUUGGAUGCAGGCUUCUUGCAUCGGAUCCGAAGCCGGGGCUGAGUGCGGAGGAAUUUCGGAGGGAGUAUGGCGGAGAGUUUGUAUCGCUGGGGGAACUUUUUGAGCAGAGUGAUAUUGUGAGUUUGCAUUGUCCGUUGACGUCUGGGACGAGGCAUAUUAUCAAUGCGGAGAAUCUGGGGCGCAUGAAGCAGGGCGCGUUGUUGGUGAAUACCUCGCGGGGACCGUUGGUUGAUACCAAGGCUGCGAUUGAGGCGCUCAAGAGUGGGAGGUUGGCGGGGCUUGCGCUGGAUGUGUAUGAAGAGGAAGGGGCGUAUUUCUAUAACGACCACUCGCAGGAGAUUAUCCAUGAUGACACGCUGAUGCGGUUGAUGACGUUUCCGAAUGUGCUUGUUUGUGGGCAUCAGGCGUUCUUUACGCGCGAGGCGUUGACGGAGAUUGCGGGGACGACGUUGGCGAAUUUGGAGGAUUGGGUUAUGGGGAGGCAUUGUGAUAAUUCGCUGGUCAGGGAGGGCCAUUUGGUUGUUCCUGAGGGCAAGGAGCCUGUGAGGAUUUAG